CUAGUGUCGUCUGAAAGCUCUCCGGGUCACCGGUUCGAGACACCAGCCCCUUUAACGUAUGUGGAAACUGUAUCGUCGUCGCCACCUGUGGCUCGUUCACGUCUACGGCGUCUUCUCCGCGCUUUAUGGUAGCUUCAAGGAGGACGGGACAGCUGUUACGACACAGCAAUCGCCGCAUGGUCGUCACAUUCUAAGCGUCGACAACUCGACGCCAUCCCCGGAUGGCGUCGGGGUGGUUCCACAGUGCGUGCCUCCCUCCCUAGAGGAGUUCCCAGACGACUUCUUCACUCAGGAGCAGCGGGAAAAGGGAGGCAUCCUCGUCCACGCCCUCAUCGUCGCCUACAUCGUCUGCAUGCUGGCCAUCGUCUGCGACAAGUACUUUGUGCCAUGUCUCAAGGUCAUCGCAGACUACUUCAAGGUGCCAACGGACAUCGCCGGUGCCACCUUUAUGGCAGUCGGCACCUCCUCUCCGGAGCUCUUCUCCUCUGUCAUAGGUGCCUUUAUAACGGAAGGUGACAUUGGAGUGGGCACCGUCGUGGGAUCUGCAGUCUUCAACAUUUUAGCAGUGACGGGAGCGGCCGGAUUGGCAGUCGGCACAGCGGCUGUCCACUUGGAUUGGUACCCUAUCACUCGAGAUGUCACCAUGUACAUAAUCACCAUUAGUACCCUGGUCUUCAUCAUUCACGACAAUAUCGUCACGUGGAUCGAGUCUCUGGUUCUCAUCUCCAUGUUCGUCUGCUACCUGACUCUUCUCUACUUCAACUGCCAUGUCGAGGACGUCACCACGAAGACGGCAAGGAACGUCCACCAGUGGUGGCAGCGAAAGCGGCGCAUCCAGCUCACCGUCCUCCCCACCACCGUGCUCGACGAAUCGACGGGUCUCCUGACCUCCGACCGCCACCGCCACCACUACCACCGCUACAACAGCGGCAGCCAGGACUCCGCCUGCCCCUCCUCUGCGGCCUCCUCCCUGAUGGCCUCCGCCGAGAUGACCUCCUCCGGGGAGAGCGACACCCUCGCCAAGGAGAGCGGCCACUUCGAGAAGCCCCCUCUCCUGGUGCCCCAGGUCAUCGCCGAGAAGUACAUCAUCGUCAAAGACCUCGACUACGGCUCGGACACCAUCAAGAAGAAGCUGCCAGAAGAUUUGGAAGAACCCGCCGAAGAGAUCCACCUGUGGACUCUACCCGAGGGGGGCUCCUGCAUCAAAUUCUUCUUCUUUCUGAUGUGGAUCCCCAACUUCCUUUUCGCCAUCACCGUCCCCCGAUGUGACACCAAGGGGAGGACGCUCUGGUUCCCCGUCACCUUUUUCACUUCUAUUUGCUGGUUGGCCGUCCUCUCCUACAUGUGCUUCUGGAUGGUGGCCGUCAUUGGUUACACCUUCGGAAUACCGGAUACCGUUUCCGGCCUCACCAUUCUAGCGGCCGGCACGAGUGUUCCAGAACUGGUGUCCAGUGUUCUUGUCGUUCGAAGCGGUCUGGGCAACAUGGCCCUCUGCAACCUGAUCGGCAGCAACAUCUUCGACAUCCUCUUCUGCCUGGGCGUGCCCUGGCUGGUCAAGACGCUCCUGAACGGGGAGACCCGGUCCCUGGUCAUCAACAGCUCGGCCCUCACCUACACAACCCUCAUCCUGCUGACCGUGGUCAUCCUCUUCUACCUCACCCUGGCGACCUGCAAGUGGCGACUCAACUGGCGAUACGGCGUCGUCGCCUUCGUCCUCUACGCCGCUUUCCUCGUCAUGGCCUCCAUCUUCGAGAGCAACGUCUUCGGGGACUUUAACCCUCCCACGUGCGCCAGCUGACGAAGGUAGAUCUCCGCAUGCGCAGUCAGCAUUUAUCGUCGCGGGUUUCGAGCCACGUGUCCAGAUUCGUGUGUCCAGACCGGGUAGAAAAAGGUUUCCAGAUGUACCGGGGGGGGGGGGGGAAUGGGGGGAAAGUUAAAAAAGUUACCUUUCACAAAAUGAACAAAUUGAAAAUUUGUUUUGAACAUUAAAGACAUAGAAACGGAAAAAAUCUAUUUUAUAAUAAAACUUGCAUUGAAACAUUAUCAUUUUUUCCUUUCGUAAAGUAAAUUUGUAACUUUAAUUUUUAAAAAAAGUGGAAUAUUUCCACUUAGCCGCAUGUAUGAGGCUAAACGAAAAAUAAAAUAAUUUUCUAACAAAAUAUUUUUUUUUUCUGUUUGAUUUUAAAAAAUAUUUUUCAGCAAAUAAAUAAACGAAUAAAUGAGUAAAUGAUAAAACAAUAAACGAACAAAUUAAUGUGGGAGAAAAAAAAUAAAUGAGUUAACAGUUUAGUGAAUGAAUAAGAAAAAAUUCGCAUGAAUGAAUAAAUAAGUGAAUUCAAAAAAGAAUACGUUACGGAUUUAAUAAAUUAAUAAAUAAGUAAACGAAAUGUGCUUUUUUACUUUGCCCCGCGUGUACUUCACAAAUUGUAUUAAACGUUUAAAAUCAAAGCAUGAACAAUAUUAAUUAAAAAAGUACAUUGCAGUACUUUUUCGUUUAUGCAAUGGACACCAGUAGGUCUUAAUUAAUCCUUGAAAAAUGUUAAUUCAAAAACGUAAUCAUUUUAUAAUAGCAAAAAAUUAUUUUUGAUAAACCACAAAAUAUAACAAUUCAUGUGUCAAAUUUUGAAAAGAUUUCGUGUUACAUAUACAGUAGAACUCCAACUAUUUAACUUCGACCACCCGAAUCAACAAAUUGAAGUUCUGGAAAGUGGAAUGUCGGAAAAUCAGACGAAGUGAGAAGUAGGAAGAAGUCACGACCGCAACAAUCCGGUGCUUGAAUUUUAUGGAUGUAUGUUUGGUUUUAGCUCUCUUACGUUGUUUGUCUUUCUUGCUUUUUGUAUGAGUUUCUGUGGUGAAAUAAAUGUUAAAU